CUCUUCCUUCAGAGACCGACAUGGCAGGACAGGUGACAAUGCAGCUGCUGUUCCUCUUGCUGCUGGUGGCUGACGGAUGGGGUAUCAUGCGCCAGAGUAGGCCGGCCAGGACGGAACUCCUCAAUGUCUGCAUGGACGCCAAGCACCACAAGGAAAAGCCAGGCCCUGAGGACAAGCUGCAUGACCAGUGCACUCCCUGGAAGAAGAAUGCCUGCUGCUCGGCCAACACCAGCCAGGAGCUGCACAAAGACACUUCCCUCCUGUAUAACUUCAACUGGGACCACUGCGGCCAGAUGGAGGCCAAGUGCAAGCGCCACUUCAUCCAAGACAGCUGUCUGUACGAGUGCUCCCCCAACCUGGGGCCCUGGAUCCGGCAGGUGGACCAGAGCUGGCGCAAAGAGCGUUUCCUGGAUGUGCCCUUGUGCAGAGAGGACUGUCAGAGCUGGUGGGAGGACUGUCGCACCUCUCACACCUGCAAGACCAACUGGCAGAAAGGCUGGAACUGGACCUCAGGCAUGAAUGAGUGCCCGGUCAAGGCUGCCUGCCACACAUUUGAGUUCUACUUUCCCACACCUGCCGCCCUGUGUGAGGGCCUUUGGGAUCACGCCUACAAGGUCAGCAACUACAGCCGAGGCAGUGGCCGCUGCAUCCAGAUGUGGUUUGACCCGGCUCAUGGCAACCCCAACGAGGAGGUGGCGAGGUUCUAUGCGGAGGCCAUGAGCCGGGCUGCACCCCGUGGCCACGGGCCCCUCCUGUUCUGCCUGGUCCCGCUGCUGCUGCUGUGGCUCCUUGGCUGA